AUGGGUUCAGGAAUGGGAUGUGACAAUGACUAUGAGCAUGGCGAGUCGUUGACAGCAAUAUCCCUGCAGGACACUGCAUCUCAGAUCAGCCUCGAGUGGGCACGACCUUCCAACCAUGGACUGACAAGGAUCAGUCCUAAUCCAAACCAGAGAUCCAAUGUGUUGGAUCUUGUAUUCUUAGCUCCAUCUGAGAUCUUAAUCUUGAUGCCCAGAUUGGAGCACGAUCUCCAGGGUCCAUCAGAUCAUAUCCUGAUCUGCAUGGAUCUUGAUGUAGGUCCCGAACCACCCGGAUCUGGGCGACAGACAAUUAAACCUGGAAGUGAGGCUGAGAAGUCUUUCAUUUCGGACAUUCUCUGGGAUCUUGCAGCUAUUCCUGUUGCAGCCCCGGCAACCAAGGAAGGUGUUGAAGCUUUAGCCAAUGCUAUCAUGACAGCAUUCUCGGAUGCAUGGCUUGCCCACUCGACCAAGUCCAAACCUACCAAGCGCUCCAAGUCCUGGUGGACGGACAAGUGCUCAGAAACAUUUGGAGUAUAUCAGCUAAGCCGCUCGCUAGCUGAUUACAACAAAUUUAAGAAGGUGUGUAAGGACGCCAAACGUGACUUCUUCAAUGAAUGCAUCGCAGAAAUUGCCACUUCUCGCAAGCGCCCGUGGGACCUAAUGGAAUUGGUCAAACAGCGCAAGCUACUGCCCUGUGAGGCUAUUCACAAUGGCAACCAGCCCUGCCACGAUAUGGACGACCUCUGGGAUGCCCUCCACAGCACACACAACUCGGCCUCUGGUCGCGAGUAUGAUGCUUCAGUCUUAGACGAGCUUCCUGAUGAGCCAGUCCGUGAAUGGGCUGACUUUUCAGAGCAUGAGUUGUUGAGUGCCCUUAAGGAGUGCUCCAACUCCUCUGCGCCAGGACCAGACCAUGUUACAUGGGUCCACCUGAAGGAGUUGCUCAAGGAUAAACACGUCCUUGUGCUCUUCAUCAUGCUGGCCAAUGCUUGCCUUCAGGUGGGUCAUUGGCUGCGUAUAUUCAAGGAGUCGCUGUCGGUUAUCGUUCCGAAGCUGAACAAGCCCUCCUAUGCUGUGCCAAAGGCUUUCAGGCCAAUCGUACUCCUCAUCACUUUUGGUAAACUUAUUGAAAAGAUGAUUGCCAAUAGGAUACAGUUUGAUGCUGUCAAGCAUGAUAUCUUCCAUCCUAACCAACUUGGCGGCAUUCGCCAAAGGUCAACUGAGGAUGCUGGAUUGAUUCUGACCCAUCUCUUCUUCCCUUCCAUCAACCAUGAAAUGUUCAUGGCUGUUCUUCGCAAGCAAGGAUUCUCACCGAUCUUGGUGGAGUUCUUUGCCUCGUAUCUAGUUGGUCGGUCCAUGGUUUACUGUUGGAACACCUUCCAGUUCGACUCACGGUCUGCAGACAUGGGUGUUGGGCAGGGCUCUGCCCUCUCACCCGUUAUCUCAGGGCUUUUCAUUGCUCCGGUGAUGAAGCUCUUCUACAUCAAGGCAGCACCGCUCAACAUGACGCUACUCUCCUUUGUGGAUGAUGGGACCAUUUUGGCCCAAUCCAGACAACUCGAUGAUAAUAAUGUGGGCCUGCGUAAGGCCUACAAAAUUAUCUACCUUCUCUUUGUUGCUUUCACACUUGUUCUUGAACAUGACAAGACUGAGUUGUUCCACUUUUUGCGUUGGCGCGACGCCUACAAUCCCUUGCUGGAUCUGGGGUACGCCCCGCAUACCGGCGCUACACCUUUGAAGCCCAAGACCUAUUGGAGAGGUCUCUUGCCUAAACAGUGGCACCUCCUCUAUAGAUCCGCCCGUAAUAAGGGCACAAUGAACCAGCUAAAAUGGAUGCAGCGAAAAGCUGCUCUAUGGAUCACGGGUGCCUUCUGCACCUCCCCUACAGGCGGUCUUGAGGCCUUGGCAGGUCUCAUCCCCAUCCACCUUAUGCUGAAGAAGUUGGCAACGCGCACAGUGUAUUGCGUCGCCACACUCUCAGACACCCAUCCUCUUCGCUCCAUGAUGGGCGAGGGACUCCUUAAACGGGCAGAACCACACACCCACUCAGCUGCCUUGAUGACCCCAGCUAUGCGAGGGAAGGUCAAGAGCACUGUCAUGGAGGUGGACAAGCACAUCCACACCUUAACUGAGAGCUUCGAGCCCUUUGCGCCCGAAGCUCACCCAGGUGAUCAGUUACUGGACCGCUAUGCGGACCGUCUCCACUUUGAUGAGCCAAGGGCCGAUCCUUUAACAGUACUGGCUGCAACUGAUGGCUCUGUCCCUCAGUCCAACCAGUAUCAGGCGACUUCAGUUGCCAUCAUCUACAAGGGACAUCACAAGCUCGAAAGGACUUGCUAUGUCUCUGGCAGAGUUACCGCCCUGGAUGCGGAACUCAAUGCCAUCUCAUCGGUGCUCGAUGGCAGCCUGCUCGCUAUCUACAAACACGUAUGCUACACAGCCUGGUUACUAAGUUAA